AGUGUUUCGGUUGAAGUGCAGUUGGGAAAGACGGAAACGAAUGCGUAACGAUUUUUGAAUAAAAUUUGCUAAAGUGCAUAAAAUGCUUUCUACAGAAACUAUUGGCCUCUUGGCGGCUCUUUUGGCGAUCGUAUACGUCUGGUGUCGUUACACUUAUGGCUACUGGAAGCGGCACAACAUUCCCUUUAUAAAACCAUUCCCACUGAUUGGCAACAUUCAAGUCAUGUUUACGCUCAGCAACAGUUUCUUCCUGUAUCUCUCCGAUGUUUACAAGGAUGCUACNGUGUCGAAGGCAGCUGCAGUCGGCAUUUAUAUUAUAAACAAGCCAGCUUUAGUGCUACGCGAGCCGGAACUCAUCAAAUCCGUGCUAAUCAAAGAAUUUCAAAAGUUCUCAAAUCGUUUUGGCGCUUGUGAUCCACACGGCGAUGCCUUAGCAUCGAAUAAUCUAUUUUUCAUACGCAACCCACAAUGGAAGGAGCUGAGAACGAGAAUUUCACCGGUGUUCACUUCAGGAAAAAUUAAGCAAAUGUAUGCUCUAAUGACUGAGAUUGGCUCUCAAUUAGAGUCUCAUUUGUUGAAACACACAAAGACUGGCAAUACCUACAACACCGAAAUCAAGGAGGUGUGUGCGCUCUUCACCACCGAUGUGAUAGCAUCGAUUGCCUUUGGCAUACACGCGAAUAGUUUGAAAAAUCCAGACGGUGAAUUUCGCACACAGGGUCGAAAGAUUUUUGAUUUUACGUUGGGUAGAGCGCUUUCAUUUUUCAUCGCAUUCUUCUACCCAAAUUGGGUUAGCACAUUUAAAGUGAAAAUUUUCACGCCUGAAUUCUCUUCGUUUCUACGCAACACCAUCAAUCACGUUAUGAUAGAAAGAGAGAAGACUGGUGCCAUACGUAACGAUUUAGUUGAUGUGUUGUUAGAUUUGAAGAAAGAGGCGAUCGCGAGGAACGAGUACAAUAACGAGGCGCAGGAUGUUCUAACAGCGCAGGCAGCAGUAUUUUUAACGGCUGGUUUUGAGACGUCAUCUUCAACGAUGGCUUUUGCGCUGGGCGUUUACGGAAAUAAGACAUUGGAUGAAAUAGCAAAAUACGACUCUGCACAAAAUGUGUUACACGCGGGGGACAAGGGGGCCUCACCCAAUGAAAUAAAAAAAUAA